AUGAGAGCGCCCCGGAUUCAGCAGUUCCUGAGCCCCUUCCUCCGCAAGGCUCCCCUCGCACCGACAUGCCAGACCAGAUGGCUUCAUAAAACUAGAGAGGCCGCGCCUAUUCCGUCGCCGAUACCCCUUGUUCCCGAUGUUCCUUCUUUGCUCAAGGUCCUUGGCCGUGGACUGAGCCAGCACGUCGACAAGUUUCCAUCAUGGGAAGCUCUCUUCACCCUUACAUCGCCACAGCUCCGAGAGCUGGGCCUCGAGCCACCAAGAACACGACGCUACCUCCUCACGUGGUUGGAUAGAUACAGGAAGGGUGCGUUCGGCGCAGGUGGAGACUUUAAGCACGUCGAGAACGGAGAGGCACUCUUGAAGAUCGUCCGAGAUCCUAAGACGGAUCAGAAGAUUGUGGUUAAUGUUCCGUCAGACCUCGACCUGACCAACGCCUCCAUCGUCGAACUUACGAAGCCGUCCGGCUAUGUGGUUCGUGGCGCUCACACGAUUGCUGGCCCUCACGCACUACCCCUGAAGGCCGGCGAGGGUGCUCGCGUGGUCGUGACAGAGGGCAUGUGGGAGCACAAGCAAGGCCACAAGGUCGACGGAGGUGAGCGCAGAAGGGGUGAGGUUCGUUUCAAGAAGCGCAUUGCGGCGCGCAAGGCCGAGAGAGAAGCUCAGGGUCUACGAUAA